GCGAAUGAUACAUUCUCUUUGUGUACAUUUGGUGCGUUGUCCGGCGAGGGCCGGUAGGUGAGACAAAGUGGUGGUCCCAUGCGUUUCGUUGAGGAGAAAACGGUAGAAGCGAGGAGAGCAGCGAAGGACAGAAGAAGGGAGAGUGGAGGUGAUGAAAACGCGUGGAAAAUGAAGCAUGCAAGCCAGCGAGCCAACGAGAAACCAAGCAGUUCGUUAGGAGGAGGAGGAGGAGGAGGCGGAGGGAUGUACAAGAUCGACGGGGCUGUGAUGCCAAUCAGAUCGACGUGGCUGCUGGGAGUUGGGUCGAGGGGCUGCUGCCAGUCGGAUCGACGUGGCUGUGAUGCCAAGCAGACCGACGUGGCUGAUGCCACUGGGAUCCACAUGACGGCUGCUUCUCGGAUGCACGUUGCGGCUGGCAAUCGGAUCCAUGUGGCGGCUGACAAUUGGAUCCACGUGGCGGCUGGAAAUCGGAUCCACGUGAAGGCGAUGAUGGGAGUAGUGAGUGUUGUGAUGGCGUCCGUUCUCUCGUUCUGGAACAGUCUGGUCGAGGCAGUUGGUAUGGCUUCUGAGAAUUGUUCAGAUGUCAUCGCGGCGCGGCUACGCGAGUCCGCGGACCGUUGUCUCCUGACCAUCAAUCUGGCGCAAAUGAUGGCCUGCGCCUGUGCUACAUGGAUGGAGGGCCAAAACAUGGGGCACCCCCAUUGUUGCGGUCCACGACCUCCGUCACAGAGCGCUUACAUGAUGAUGGCCCAGGAUCCUGUGGCCGACUCGCUUUUCCUUAGACACUUCAACAUGACUCGCCGGACAUUCCUCUCUGUGCUGCAACCUAUUUAUCCUGCCAUAUCCGAUGCAGUGGCAAGGCUCGGCUUGCCGAUCGUGAUCGAUCCGGCAAAGGUCUUCGCCAUUGCGAUUCACCGCUGGGCGCAUGGCGACGACUUUGUCAGCCUCUCCGACAAGUUCGGCGUUCAGCAGGAGUGGCUGCAGAAAGCUGUUCAGAUUGUAACCGAUGCUAUCAUAGAUGUCCAUGUCGAAAAAGAGCUAGUCUUUCCGGACAAUGAGCAAGGCUGGAAUGCGAUCGAGGCUCCGUUUCGCGAGAAAGGGUUCCCCAACUGCGUCGGCGUGAUCGACUGCACUCGUAUAGGCAUCGAAAAGCCUCCUGUCGACCCCGAGGCAUACUGCCGAUGCCACCAACAGCCGAACGCCGAUAAGAAACAGGAGAAUCAGUAUAGCAUAAUGCUGCAGGCUGUUGUGGAUUUGAACCUCCGUUUUCUGAAUGUGUAUGUGGGUUGGCCAGGGAGGACACAUUACUCCCGUGUGCUGCAAAACAGUCGCCUGUACAUGCGCGCACAGCAGGACGGAACACUCUUUCAACCCUAUGUGCAACGCGUGGAAAGCGUGGACGUUGGGCAGUACCUGCUUGGCAAGUUCGGUUACCCUUUGCUUCCGUGGCUAUUGGUACCUUUCCCGCGCUGCGACGCGCUAGUCGGCGAUCCCAAUCGGUUUAAUGAGAGGCAUUCGUCGGCACGCAAAUGCGUGGAUCAGGCUUUCCACAGACUCAAGGACAAGUGGCAUGUUCUCCAUGCUAAAUUCAACGAGGAUCUGAAAACCAUCAAUCGACAGAUCAUUGCGAUUUGCAUUCUUCACAAUCUGCUUCUCCCAUUCGACGAGCCAUCGACUUUUAAUGCACUGAACAGUACAGCCGCUACAGCCAGAUCACAGGGUGCCAGUUUGCGGUGCAGGAGCAAGGCGCGAAAGCUAGACGCCAGCCAUGAGCCAAGCCAGCCUGCCCCACGUAACAACACUGUUGAUGGUACUGCUCUACGGACCAUAUUGACUCGCCACUUGAGUCAGCUUACUGCAGAUGCCAAUGCCAAGGGCAGAACAUGAAGGCACUUGGCAACCCCCCACCAUUGUUCGAGAUUGUGCAGACGUUCAGCUGUGCACCGCAUUCUCUCUCAGUGCAGCACAUUGUUGCUCGUUGGCAUGCAGUGGAGAAAUGCAGCAAGUGAUAAUGAAUUCCACCUUUGUCC